ACGCAACACCUUGUGAUUGUUCUUUGUGUAGUGUUUAAUUGUACGUUCAAUAUCGACGAGCUGCGCGGAUACUCGUCGCUCUUGUUUACACUCUAUCGAUUAAGCAACAUAUCUUCCAACUAAACAGCUUUCAGUACACAUUUUUGAAACUUUAUCUUAGAUAUCCCCCGAAUUAGUGCAGUGCAACCAAACAAUCAUGUCGGUGGACAAAUUUGAUCUUCAAAAGGUGCACGCAAAGUUCAAUGAAAGUCUCGUCGAAGAGGAUGAUGUCUACGUGGACCAAUAUCUGGAAGCAUUCAAGGAACUGUACAAAUUUUUCCAGCUGAUGGGAACGGUGUUCGGAUUCGUGAGCAGUGACGUCAAGGAGAAGGUGGAAAUUCUUGAGAAGCUUCGCACGAAGGAAAAUGCGGACAGCUUUCUCACCAUCCGCACGAUGAUGGAGUACGAGCAGGAAUCGAAUUUGCUCAAUAAGAAAGACUACGUAUCCGGUAGCCGAACAUUGCUAAGGCUUCACCGUGGUUUGGAUUUUAUACAAGAGUUUCUGAAACGUCUCGGCGAGCUGGAAGGCGAUGGUAAAACGAAUGGCGUUUGCCAGGCUGCAUAUAAUGAUACUCUUGCUCAAUUUCACCCAUGGCUCAUCAGAAAAGGUGCUACCGUAGCCAUGUAUGCACUUCCAACGCGGGACCAACUGCUUGACAAGGUCUGUGUGGAUGUGGCCAUUGCGAUGAAACUGCUGCCGGAAAUGUUAUCCGUUACGCGCAAUGUGUACGAUCGCACGCAAGAGCUUUACACCAAGUACGAUCUGCAUGGAUUACCAUGAAGUGGAUAUAGCUUCCCCACACCACACAAAGGCCGACCGACCAGUAGCUACAAAUUACGCUUACAGAGUGUAUUUUAUGAUUGAUCGCUUUUAAUUUGUGCUUUUAAAACGUCUUUGAUUUGAUCCACGUCGUGAUAUGAGAGAAUUGUCAGAGAAGUGUGUAAAGGAUACAACCAAAUAGCUUAUUAUGGUAGAGAUUUGUGUUUUAGCUGUACUUCGCCUGUUAUUGUAGCGAUUUGAGUUUAAGUUGUACUUCGCUUUAAAAUGUGUUAUACGGGAAGUAUUAGAAAGGCUUGGCGCAAAUAGUGAUAUUAAGUUCAAGCUGGCUUGAUCUUGAGAUGCGUUAGAAUGGUGUACGCUUAUGUGUAUAGUGUCUGUCGGUCAUAUCUCAUCCGUAUCCCAUUGAAAGGUGCUACAUGUUUUAUACCUGUAUAAGCUCAAUCUCGUACUGGCAAGGUUCAUUUAUAAAAAAAGCUCAUUUGCAGGUAUGAUUUGCCGUAAAAACUGUGAGCUACACACAAUUGUAAUACGAUGUGCUCAAUUUUCUGUGCGAAAAAUGCAAGAAGUGAUACGUAAUGAAAUCAAUCAACAACCACCUAAUCCUCUCUCCUUCCCCACGCCACACAUUCCACUCGUAUUUGCCAUCCUGAUGCAGCUCAUGUAUUUUCGGACUGUAUGAAGAAGAACAGAAAGGUUUAGCUUUUUGUGUGAAUAAACAUGAUGUGACAAUA